AUGCGACGAAUUUUAGUAUGGCCAUCUGAAAUGAUAUGGCCUGCUAAUUUACCAUAUAUUGCUUUAUUACGUACUAUGCACGAACCAGAAAAACCUCUCACACCGAAAUGGUUAAAUUUAUCUCGGAAAAAAUUCUUCGUGAUUAUUUGUCUGGGUUCAAUGGUGUAUUAUUGGCUUCCGGGAUACAUCAUGCCCGUUUUGACAGCAUUUUCUUGGAUGUGCAUGAUAAAUCCACGGCAUGUGUUGCUUUCACAAGUAACGGGCAAUGGUGGUUUUGGUUUUGGCGUAUUUCAAUUCGAUUGGCUUACAAUUAGAUCCUCACUCGAUUCACCAAUUCUCUGUCCACGUUGGGCUCAGCUGAAUAUAUUAGUUGGUUUUAUUUUAACAUGCUGGUUAUUUAUACCGAUUCUGUAUUUUACUAAUACUUGGAAUUGGAAAUCAUUUCCGAUAUCAAAUGGAGGAUUCUUUUCACCUCCUGGCAAUCCAACUGAUAUUUAUUUAUCUGUUACAUUUGUCAUUGGAUAUAAUCUUUUUUUAGCGUCGUUUGCUGCUUUAGUCACACAUACUAUUUUAUAUCAUGGAAAAUAUAUUGUAAAACAAUUUAGCAUGUCGUUAAAAAAACGUCAAAAUGAUGUUCAUUGCCAGUUGAUGGCACGCUAUUCGGAUGUACCUGAAUGGGUUUAUCUUGUCAUUUUUUUAUGCGCAUUUAUAAUCGGUUGUGUGACUUGCCAUUUUAGUCAUUUAAUGCCGUGGUAUUAUUUAUUUUUAACUGUAUCAAUUUCAUUCAUUUGUUUAUUAUUAACUGGAAUCGUUGCUGCAAAAACAAAUAUUGAAAUUGAUAUUGUUACUAUAGUCGUUCUUUUAGGUGGUGUUAUUUUUAAAUUAAAGCCAUUGGCUAGUUUAACAUUUGUAACAUUUGCCUGGUCAACACAGAAACAAGCAUUUAUUCUUAUUUCAUAUUUGAAAUUUGGACAUUAUAUGAAAAUAUCACCGAAAGUUAUGUUAACAACUCAAUUGAUAAUUACAAUUUUAGCUGCAAUUAUAAAAUAUGGUAUAACUGAGCAUUUAUUAAAGACAAUUGAAGGAUUGUGCACGUUCACUAACAGAGAUUGGUCAUGUCCACAUAUGAACCAGUUAGCUAUUGUCUUUGCCAGUAAUGAUACAGGUAUGCUAAAAAGCUUGUAA